AUGGCAAUCGCAUCUUUGUUGCAACGGGUUGCAGCGCAUCCAGUAGAAAUGGUGCAUCAUCAUUAUGGCAAUCGGCAAGUUGCUAGUACUGACCCAGAAGCAAACCUAAUGGCCCAGAGCGGAGAACCACGGGCUGGUGAAGAACAGAAGAAUGACAUGGCUAAUAACUCAACAGAAUAUUCAAGCAGCGAUGCAGAGGCUUUGACAUCCAGUGCAAGCGGGGGCACUCAAAAGACUACUGUAUCUGUAUUGUUUUUAGAGGAUUUUGUAUUCAAUGCAGUCGAUUAUCCCAUUGCUGAAGGAGCACAGAUCCAUCAAGUAGAUGAGCAAGUAGACAAGUACCCGGAUUACAAAGUUGCCACCACUGGAAGACAUUCCCUUGGUGGUGCACCAGUUUUGCUGUGUGCAUUGGAUCUCUUGAAUACAAAUGCUUGUCGCAACGGCGUAGACAAUAUGGUACUUUAUACUCAAGGACAACCUCGCGUUGGUGAUCCUGCAUUUGUUGAUUAUGUUUUGAGCACCAAUUUCUCGUAUGAGCGCAUUGUUAGCAAGCGUGACAUUGUUCCGCAUCUUCCUCCAAGUGUUUUCAAUUUGUUGCAUGCCGGCGAGGAUUUCUGGGCCAAGGAAGAUGAAACCGUUCGUGAAGGUUUGCCCCAACAACGGCAUCAAGACUGA